GCUGCCGCCGCUUCUCUGAACUCUAAGGGGUUAAGGCCUGGGUCCCGCCCCUUUUCCCGCCAGGCUGGCGGGAGUAUGAAUAGCCUCGCUCCCACUCCCGACUCCCAGUCGCUCUGGCUGCGCCUCGCCCCGCCCCGUCAUUGUCCCAAUCGGUCUCCUUUUCUCUUUCGUCCUAAAAGCUUUGAGAGCCGCUGGCUUCUCCCAGUGCCCCGCGUCUCUCCACCUUCGGUGGGUCAGACGAGCAAGAUGGAGGGCUGCCUGGGGGAGGAAUCUUUUCAGAUGUGGGAGCUCAACAGGCGCCUAGAGGCCUACCUGGCCCGGGUCAAGGCGCUAGAGGAGCAGAAUGAGCUGCUCAGCGCGGAGCUCGGGGGGCUCCGAGCACGGUCCGGGGACACGUCCUGGCGUGCCCGUGCAGACGACGAGCUGGCAGCCCUGCGAGCCCUCGUCGACCAGCGCUGGCGGGAGAAGCACGCGGCCGAGGUGGCGCGCGACAACCUGGCGGAAGAGGUGGAGGGCGUGGCCGGCCGAUGCCAGCAGCAGCGGCUGGCCCGGGAGCGGAUGGCGGAGGAGGUGGCCCGCAGCCGGCGCGCGGUCGAGGCCGAGAAAUGCGCCCAGGCCUGGCUGAGCACCCAGGCGGUGGAGCUGGAGCGCGAGCUGGAGGCUCUGCGUGCGGCGCACGAGGAGGAGCGCGCCGGCCUGAAUGCGCAGGCUGCCUGUGCGCCCCGCUGCCCCGCACCGCCCCGCGGGCCCCCCGCCCCGGCCCCCGAGGUGGAGGAGCUGGCGCGGCGGCUGGGCGAGGCGUGGCGCGGGGCAGUGCGCGGCUACCACGAGCGCGUGGCGCAAAUGGAGACGUCGCUGGGCCAGGCCCGCGAGCGUCUGGGCCGUGCGGUGCAGGGCGCCCGCGAGGGUCGUCUGGAGCUGCAGCAGCUCCAGGCGGAGCGCGGUGGCCUCCAGGAGCGCAGGGUAGCACUGGAGCAGAGGUUGGAGGACCGCUGGCAGGAGCGGCUGCAGGCCACUGAAAAGUUUCAGCUGGCCAUGGAGGCCCUGGAGCAGGAGAAACAGGGCCUGCAGAGCCAGAUCGCCCAGGUCCUGGAAGGUCGGCAGCAGUUGGCACACCUCAAGAUGUCCCUCAGCCUAGAGGUGGCCACAUACAGGACCCUUCUAGAGGCUGAGAACUCCCGGCUGCAGACACCUGGCAGCGGUUCCAAGGCUGCCCUCAGCUUGCAGGACCCGAAGCUGGAGCUACAUUUCCCUGGGACCCCAGAGGGCCGGCGCCUGGGACCUUUGCUCUCUGUCCUGAGCCCGACUCCCCUCUCCUCAUCCUUGCCUGAUACCCUUGAGACACCUGUGCCAGCCUUUCUGAAGAGACAGGAAUUCCUCCAGGCCCGUACCCCCACCUUGGCCAGCACCCCCAUCCCACCCACACCUCAGCCUCCCCGCUCUGCUACAGCUGCAGAGAUCAGAGCCCAGAAUGCCCCUGUCUCCCUGCUCCAGCCACAGGCUGAGAGGCAACAGGCUCCAGAGGCCAUGUGGGCUGAAGCCAAGGUGGCUAUCCCUGCCAGCAUCCUGCCAGGACCAGAGGAGCCUGGGGGCAAGCUGCAAGAGGCCGGUACAGGCCAGAUCCCUGAGGAUCAUGCCUCCUUGGCCCCACCCCUCAGCCCUGACCACCCCAGUUUAGAGGCCAAAGAUGGAGAACCCAGUGGGUCUAGAGUGUCCAGCAGAUUCCAGGAGGAAGGUGAAGGGCAAAUCUGGGGGCUGGCAGAGAAAGAAACAGCCAUAGAGGUCAAAGGGGUGAGCAGCUUGCAGCAGGAAACACAGCAAGAAGAAGGGGAUCUGGACAUGAAGGAAAUCCAGGACUCCCAGGGUCCUUUGGAGAAAGAAACAGUGAAGUCUCUGGAAGAGGAGAUUCGAGAGCCAUUGAUGUCUCUGGGAAAACAGAGCCAUGAGACACUGAGCUCUCUAGAGAAAGAGAAUCAAGAAUCUCUGAGAUCUUUAGAAGAAGAGAACUUAGAAACAUUAAAAAGUCUAGAAAAGGAGAAUCAAGAGCCAUCAAAGUCUUUAGAAGAAAAGGACAUGGAGGUAGUGAGACCUUUGGAAAAAGAGACCCUAGAACUACUUACGCCUAUAGGAAAAGACACACAGACAUUGCAAUCUCUAGAAAAGGAGAAUCAAGAACUAAUGAGCUCUCUUGAAGAUAAUCUAGGGACAUUUUUGUAUCCAGGAGAGGAAAAUCAAGAAUUAGUGAGGUCUCUAGAAGAGGAGAACUUCGAGUCAUUGAGAGGUCUAGAAAAAGAGAAUCAAGAGCCACUGAGAUCUCAAGAAGUAGAGAACCAAGAGAAAUCAAGACCUCUGGCAAAAGAGAAUCAAGAGCUACCAAGGUCUCUAGGAGAAGAGGAUCAGGAGACAUCAAGACUUCUGGAAAAAGAGCAUCCUGAGUCCCCGAGGUCUCUAGAAGAUGAGAAUCAAGAGACCUUGAGACCUCUAGAAAAAGAGAACCAGGAGCCACUGACAUCUCUAGAAGAUGAGACCCAGGAGACAAUGAGACCUCUAGAAAAAGAGCACCAAGAGACAAUGAGACCUCUAGAAAAAGAGAACCAGGAGCCACUGACAUCUCUAGAAGAUGAGACCCAGGAGACAAUGAGACCUCUAGAAAAAGAGAACCAAGAGCUACUGAGGUCUCUAGAAGAAGAAGACCAAGAGAUAAUGAGACCUCUAGAAAAAGAGAACAAGGAGCCACUGAGGUCUCUAGAAGAAGAAGACCAAGAGACAAUGAGACCUCUAGAAAAAGAGAACCAGGAGCCACUGAGGUCUCUAGAAGAUGAGAAUCAUGAGACCUUGAGACCUCUAGAAAAAGACAACCAGGAGCCACUGAAGUCUCUAGAAGAUGAGACCCAGGAGACAAUCAGACCUCUAGAAAAAGACCAGGAGACAAUCAGACCUCUAGAAAAAGACAACCAGGAGCCACUGAAGUCUCUAGAAGAUGAGACCCAGGAGAUAAUCAGACCUCUAGAAAAAGAGAACCAAGAGCCACUGAGGUCUGUAGAAGAAGAAGACCAAGAGACAGUGAGACCUCUAGAAAAAGAGAACAAGGAUCCACUGAGGUCUCUAGAAGAUGAGAACCAGAUGACAUUGAGACCUCUAGAAAAAGUGAAACCAGAGCCACUGAAGUCUCUUGGAAAAGACCAGGAGAUAUUUAGACCUGUUGAAAAAGAGGAUCAAGAGUUAUUGGGGUCCCUAAAAGAAGGGAGUGUAGAGGCAGUGAGAUCUUUAGAAACAGAGAAUCUAGAACCACUAAAAUCUACAGGACAAGAUCUGGAAAUGCUGAAAUCUCUAGAAACCCAAGAGCCACUGUGGUCUCUAGAGGAAAUGAAUCAGGGGACAAUGAGACCUCUAGAAAAGGAAACUCAAGAACCACUAGAGUCUGUGGAAGAAAACCAAGAGACAUUGAGACCCCUAGAAAAGGAAAAUCAAGAAUCACUGAGAUCUCUGGGAGAAUGUAACCUAGAGGAUUUGAGAUCUCCAGAAGAGGUAGACAAGGAAAGUCAAAGGUACCUGGAAGAGGAAGAGAAUGUGGAGAAGGGAGAGAAUCAGGAGUCCCUGACGUCUGUGGAAGAGGAGGGACAGGAGCUGCCACUGUCUGCAAAUUGGCAGGAGUGGGAAGAUAUGGUGGCGGGGGACCAAGAACUGGAUCAGGAAACGCCCCCUGGGAGGGCUGGAGUGGACAGUGAGGAUGAGGCAGAGCUAGACCUGAGGGAGCAGGGUGGCUUGGCUGGGAAGGAAGAGUCUGCAGAGCAGGGAGAGCUGCAGCUGACUGCCACAGAGGAGGGGCACCCAGGGAGCCCUGAGCCCAAAAAGCAGAGGGUCCCAGCUGAGGGAGCUGGUAGGGAGGGAGGCACUGAGGGCCUCCAAGACCCUGAAGGGCAGCCAGAGCAGGUGGGGGCCCCAGGCCUCGGAGCUCCCUGGGGAAUGUCAGAGGUGAUAGAGCCGGUGGUGAAAGAUGAGGAUGAGGCCCCAAGGGAUGGCCGAGCCUCCCCAGAGGUCACCUUGGGGUUAGAGACAGCCUUGGGUGAGUCUGCUGUGGGAACCGAGCGGGGACUGGGGCAGGAGACGGUAGAGCUGGAGGACCCAGGCCACCUGGCUAUAGAGGAGGUGAUGGAGCCACUCCUGGGCAAGGAAGGUUUGGAAGCAAAGAGGGUGCAGGGCUUGGAAGGGCCUGGAAAGGACCUAGAGGAGGCAGCUACUCUGGAGCCAGAGCUCUCCACACUGCCCAAGAAGAGCAGAGACCCCCUGGAGCCUUCCAGUUGCUGGGAGGAGUCAGAGCCUGAGGCCCCCUGGGAAGCAGAACAGGUGUUCCCUGCUGAGAACUUGUGCCAUGAUGGAAGUGAUAUUCCUCAACCCAGGCCCCUGGGGUCAGAGAAAGCAGUGGAGGAUGCAAAAUUAGUGCUGGGGCCCCCCAGCCCCAGGCCCAUUGAGCCCUGGUCACCCACCCCAAUCCCUGAAGAUGCCCCUGGACCCCAGCCCCUGGCUGAGGGGAGCCAGGAGGCUAGCUGGGAGCUGGAGGGCAGGGCUGUGGCCCUGGGGAAGGUAGAGAGUGAGCAAGAGGAGUUGGGUUCUGGGGGCAUCCCCGAGGGCCUCCAGGAGGAGGGGGAGGAGAGCAGAGAAGAGAGUGAGGCUGACGAGCUGGGGGAGACUCUUCCCGACUCUACACCCCUGGGCCUCUACCUCAGGUCCCCUGCUUCCCCCAAGUGGGACCUGGCUGGGGAGCAGAGGCCCUCCCCUCAAGGGGAGAUGAGAAAGGAAGGCUGGGAUCCUGCUGUCCUGGCCUCUGAGGGCCGUGGGGCCCACCCCUUGGAGGAGGGGGAGGGACAUGAGGAGGAGGAAUGUGGCCAGGACUCGGACUUGUCGGAGGAAUUUGAGGAUCUGGGGACUGAGGCUUCUCUCCUUCCUGGGGUCCCUGGGGAGGCAGGGGAACCUCUGGGCCAGGUGCCCCAGCUGCUCCUGGAGCCUGCAGCCUGGGAUCGGGAUGGGGAGUCGGAUGGGUUUGCAGAUGAGGAAGAGAGUGGGGAGGAGGGAGAGGAAGAAGACAAAGAGGAAGAGGAGGGGAGGGAGCCAGGGGCUGGGCAGUGGGGCCCAGGGUCCUCUGUUGGCAGCCUCCCGGCCCUGAGUAGCCCUCAGAGAGGGAACCUCCUGGAGUCUGAGACCAUGGAUGUCAGUGUCCCCUGGGAUGAUGGCUUGAGGGGCGUGACAGCCGAUGCCCCUAUGCCUGCCCUGGGGACUGAGUCCCAGGACAGCACUGAGCCCUCAGCCUCAGAGGAGGAGUCUAACCCUGCUCCCUUGGAGAGGGAGGACCAAGUCCCUGGUCCUCUGGAGACCCUCAGUGGAGUGGAGGACACAGGCCCGGGGGUAGGGGACACGCUUGAUGUCAAUGGCCAGGGCCCCAGCUUGAAGGAGGAGUUGGAGCAUGUGAAUGGGGGUGUGGUGAACGGGCUGGAGCAGUCUGAGGGAGUAGGGCAGGGGAAACUGGGGGCCCCUGAGGGGGACCGAGGGAGCCCCCUGGAGGAGGAGGAGGGGGGCGCCCUAAAGACCCCUCGGGCAGGGGCUCCUCUUCAACUGGGCCCGGGCCAGUUCCUGAAGUUCAGCCAGAGGGAAGGAGAUGGAGAUUCCUGGUCCUCAGGGGAGGACUAGAGAAAGAGCGCCUUUCCUGCACUGAGGAUGUGCGGGGGGAGAUGUCCCUAAGGCCCCUCCCUGCCCAGGGACAGCACCCUUAACUUGUGAUCUCUUGAUCUGUGGUUUCUGUCCGGGAGGCCUGGCUGGCCAAGGUGAAAUGGGAUGUGGCAGAGGGACCCGUUCCAAGCAUGGAGGCUCCAGGAAUGAAAA